AUUGGUUGUACCCUUAUGCAUUGUAGUUGUAUGAUGUCUGGUUGUGAUGUCGUUUUAGUUCACCGUCAUUGAUCAAGAAAAAGACUACAGAUGUUUCUCUUCAGGUAGCGUGUUUAAUUUUAUUUUUUUAGUAAUGACAUGUUUUACCCUAAGCAUGCAUCAUCGUCGCUGAAAUGAUCAAACACUAUCACCCAUGGACGUACUUGAACUUUAUGUAAAAGGCCGCUUUAUUAAAAGAUUAAAGAGAUUGAAUUUGAUUUUUGGGUUCAUGAACAAUUUCAAAUUGCAUCAUAUAUCCAACAACCAAGUGUUGAGAUGUUCUGUUGCCGCUCAUUUGAAGUUAGUAAGCAGAAUUCUUAACAUCGAUGCUAUUGUGAAUCACUCUUCUGCACAAACCAUAUUUUGUGUGCCACAGACAUUGCAGAUUGUAAGGUACACUUUUACAGUUAGCAAUGGCUAUGAGUCUUUGACCGUUUUUGUGUUUUUCCAGAAAUACCCCUCUGUUCCUAAAACUUGUGGCUCAUUAAUAUCUUCAGGAAAUGAUGGGAUUAACAUACUCCUUGUUGAAUUAAUUAAAGAAAGAUUCCGAGUAUUGCAUGGAAAACGCCUUCAGCACUUAUUUAGUAUGCCUGGGAAGGAAAAUUUCACAUGGUGUGGUUUUUGGUGGGAUGAAAUGUUAUCAAGUGGCCAAUAUAAAGAGAAAUCUCUUUAUCUGGCUGUAAUGUUUGAAGAUACACUUUUAGCCCCCAUAAACGAUAUGCAGUUGUACAGAGUGUGA